AUGCCGCCGCCAAUGGACCACGACCGCGCUAGCGAAAGCUCGAGCAUCUCCAGCGCGCCAUCAUCCCCCGCAAACCCUUCAAUCGAUGAAAUCGCUGUCGCCCAACGCUAUCCCCAAUCGGGUAAUCUCGCUUCUGGUGGAGGUGUAGUUCGUUCGACUUCGGCUUCUUCCGCACAGCCUUCUGCUGCACAGACUGCCAGUGGCUCAACAGAUGCACCGGCCAAGGUACGGAAGCAGAGAAAGCCUCGAGAACCAAAAGCACCCGGCGAUGAGAAGCCAAAGGAGAAGAAGCCCCGCAAGCCGCGAGAGCCCAAGGUCAAGAAGGAGGGCGAGGCCGCUCCCGCUCCACGAAAGAGGCAGAAGACUGAAGACAAGUCGACUCCCGUUCUUGCUGAUGCGUCCGCCCGGCCACGCCAGUCGACCCUCACCGAGAUGGUGAAUCAGUUUCAAGCACCUGCACAGCCAGCAAGCGCGACUGCACCUCAACCGCCAUCGCAAUUACGACACACAAUACCAGCACAACCGCGACCACAACAUCCACCAACCUCGGACAUUGGCAUGAUACGGAGCGGUGUGCCACCACACACGCAAAUGCAUACUUCAAAUCCACCAACACCGCGUCCAUACUCGAGCGGCCAGAAUUACGACCCCAUCAGAGGUGCUAUUGACUCAGCUCCACCACGGACAUCUGCAGUGACAAACGGCAUUCACUCGGCACAGCAUUCGCCACACAUCAAUCGAGCAUCCGCAUCGCCAUCGAUCAUCAGCCUUAUUGACCCACCACCAGCCACAAACACUUCCGUACCUUCAAUGGCAUACUCUCCGCAAACAACCCUGCAACAACCUUAUCAACCACAACCACCGCCGUUCGUCAACCAUCAACAACACUCGCCAACACCGCCACGAGCAGCGCCUAGUGCACUGCCGCACGCAGCUGUGCAAUCUAGUCCAGCGCCAAAGUCGAUACCAACAAUGGACGGAGCAAUGGAUAUAGAUGGACCGUCUUGUGCGCCGAUGAAACCACCGGAGGUCAAGGUGCAAUCCAAGUCAUCCUCUUCGGCGCCCACACCUAAGCCAACACAGGCCAAAGUACAUUCCUCACCAAAAGCAGCUGGAAGUGGACUGCUAUCAAGCAGUGACCUGUUUGGAGGACCCUCAUCCGGCCAAGACCUCGAGCGCAAGGGGAUUGACAUUGAGAUUCGCAUUACGCUGGAUCCUACUGGUGGCAACACUGUCAACAUGGCUCAAGAGAUUGCUAAGAAGUAUGGUCGUGAUGCAAUCAACCCUCGCGCAGCAGCACAUCGACGACAGCUCCUGGAAGUUGCCGCAGCCGCCAACAAGAUUGAGGGUGGGUCUGCUGACGACAUGUCUGUGGAUCUCAUGUCUGAAGCAGACGGAGACAGUAACGUAGAGAUGGGAGGUAUGGAAGACGACGGCCUCGAGGGACAGACCACGGCCGAAGGCAAGCCCCGCAAGCGUAGGAAGAAGGUGGAGGAGUACGACAAGGAAGACGACUUCAUCGAUGACACAGAACUUGCUUGGCAGGAGCAGGCGGCGGUCGCUAAAGACGGCUUCUUCGUCUACUCUGGACCUCUCGUCCCAGAAGGACAAAACGCACAAGUCGAGUCUUCGACAUCGACCCGUGGCUCCAGAGGUGGUCGAGGACGUGGCAGAGGUCGCGCUGCUGUCACAGCGGGCACUACUCACGCGUCCCUCGGCGCCGAGAAGAAGGACCCGAAUGCGCCCACUACUCGAGGUCGUGGUCGGGGCCGCGGUACUGGAGCGCCCAGAAAGCCACGCAUUACUAAGGCUGAUCGGGAGAGGAUGGAGGCUGAGAAGAUGGACCGUGAGAGGAUGGGAAGUGGUGCUCCACCGAGUCUUGCCCCGAGUAACAGCAACCCGAGCAUGACGACGACCACAACUACACAUCAGCCUCCACCUCCUCCGCCGCCACAGCAGACACUGUACAGCAACGCUCCAGAUUCUGCGCAGCAGGGUGUGAGGGUCUAG